GAGGCAAUAACGAACCAGUGCAUUGAUUGGUCGUCUCAGCUGCAAAUCACCUUCCAAGUGGCCUCGCAGGAGAUUCAGCUGCUGUCGAGCCUGGUGACUGUGUUCUACUUUGGGAAGCAAGGAGACGCCAGACUAGACGAGCCCACGUUCCGAGACUACAUCAACCAGACGCACUUCUCCCGCCCCUUCGCCUCCAACGUUGGCUUUGCUCCCUUCCUCACCACCUCCCAACGGCCCGACUUCGAAGCACUCAUGCGGCGGAAACAAGAGCAGCAACAGCAGCUGCAGCAGCAGCAGCAGAAGCAGGAGGUUUUUAGCAGUUGUAUACACGCCCCCAAUGCUUCCUGCAUGCCGGAGCAGCCGCUGUACGCGCCGCUGCUCUUCACCGACCGCUACGUUCCCAUGCCCGGCCAGUCCUUUCUGGGGCUCGACAUGCUCUCCAUUCCUGAGUUGAGAGAAGCUGCCAGGAACGUUCCCCAAGCAGGCCCAUCGGGGCUGCUGGCAGCACCACCAGUGAAGCAGCCCUGGGAGCAACAAAUCAAGCUCUUCCCCGUCUACCGUAACGCCUCCGCUGCCGCCGCCGCCGCCGCCGCCGCCGCUGCUGCUGGCGGUGGUGCUGGUGGGGAUGCUGUGUUUGGUUCCAGUGCUGGUGGGGUUGCAGGGGCGACAGAGGGUGACUUGGGCCGGUCCAUCGGAGGGCUUAUUGUAGCGACACUGAACACGCCUGACAUGUGCGCUCCGGUCUUCAAGACGCACCACCCGCUGACAGGAGCUGCGGUGGGGAGAGUGUUUGACUAUACACGCGGCGAGCGGCGGCUGGUGUACACGGGGUGCCCGCAUGGAGUCGCGUGCAACAGCAAUGGCACAGCGGACGGCAGGGCGGGCGGCACGUACUUUGCAGAGACCCGCCUGCUGGACCUUGGGAACUCCGUUGGUGUUUUCGAGCUGGAAUACGACACCCCGUCUGUAUCCUACCUGUGGCCAUCCCUAUGGGCGCUCUUUGUGCUCGUGGUCUACUCGCUGCUGGCUCUGGCCGUGUGGGCCAUCUGCUGCCACCUCGUGCGUCUGGAGCGAGACUACCAGCGCAUGCAGCGCCUCAAAGACCGCAUGAAGGCAGCAAAGCUGUCAUUGGUAAGUGCUUUUUGUUUGAACGUGCUGUUAGUAGUAGUGGUGGUGGUGGUGGUGGGUGGUGGUGGUGGUGGUGGUGGUGGUGGUGGUGGUGGUGGUGGUGGUGGUGGUGGUGGUGGUGGUGGUGGUGGUGGUGGUGGUGGUGGUGGUGGUGGUGGUGGUGGUGGUGGUGGUGGUGGUGGUGGUGGUGGUGGUGGUGGUGGUGGUGGUGGUGGUGGUGGUGGUGGUGGUGGUGGUGGUGGUGGUGGUGGUGGUGAUGGUGGUGGUGGUGAUGGUGGUGAUGGUGGUGGUGGUGGUGGUGGUUGCAUGAUGAAUCUGCUGGUGGACACGCCACUGGAUGCCACUCAGCUGGACUACGCCGAAACGGCUCGCACCAGCGGACGGGCACUCGUUUCUCUUAUCAACGACAUCCUUGACUUGUCAAAGAUCGAGGCCAACCGCAUGGUGCUGGAGAGAGCUCCUUUGGACAUCAAGAGGGAUGUGGACGAGGUGCUGACCAUGUUUGUGAAGCGAUUAAUGCAUGUGUGCGUGCGUGUUUGUCCAUGUACUCACACACACCCCCCUUUCCCAGGCCAAUCGUACGGUGCUGGAAAAGGCGCCUCUAGACAUCCGGAGGGACGUGAACCAUGUUUUUCUGCCACCGCCCAAACCCAUCACCCCCAGGCCAACCGCAUGGUGCUGGAGAAAGCGCCUCUGGAUACCCGGAGGGAUGUGGACGAGGCCAAUCGCAUGGUGCUGGAAAAGGUGCCUUUGGAUAUCCGGAGGGAUGUAGACGAGGUGCUGACCAUGUUUGUGGAGCGAUUCAGAGAGAAGCCGCAAGUGGAGGUGGCGGCUUAUGUCGACCCCUCCGUGCCGCAGCUCGUUCUGGGGGACUCACUCAGGCUCCGGCAGGUGCUGAUAAAUGUGCUGUCCAACGCGUGCAAGUUCACCGAACGUGGACACAUCCUGGUGUGUGUGCGCACGGCGCCCUUCACAGAGGACAUCCGGCGAGUCAUUGUGCUCAAAGGCAUUGCCAAGCGCAUGCCCACAUGUGCUCCCCCUGCUGCUGCUGCCGCCGCUGCCGGUGGUGGUGGUGGUGCUGCUGCUACAGCCGCCGCCACUGCAGCAGCAGCAGCAGGGGCAAGGGCAGUAGAAACAGGCGGAACUGUGUGUGAUUCCAGGGCUGCAGGGCAGGCGGAGCAGCAGAGGUCAGCAGGGCAGGCGGAGCAGCAGAGGUCAGCAGGGCAGGCGGAGCAGCAGAGGUCAGCAGGGCAGGCGGAGCAGCAAAGGUCCGCAGGACAGGUCGUGCCUCUGCCCUCCCCCAGCCUCCAAACCAGCAGCCCCACAUUCAAACUCGGCGCCUCACCCAAUGGGAACCCCCCGGCCUAUCAGAGCGCGACAGGUGGCAGGGCGGUGGGGAGGGAGGAGUGGUUGGGAUGUGCUGGGGCCGGUGGUGGGUGGCAGACGUCCAUAGAAUGGUCCCCUGUGAUGGUGGGGAGCAGUAAGGGGAGCACGAGGGUGGUUGGGAGAGGGGAUGGGAGGGAAGGGGAGAGGAGGGUGAUGAGCCGGGGAGGAACUGGAAGCUCUGUGCAGUUUGAGAGGCUUGGAGAGGGGUAUAGAGGCAGUCCUUCUAUUGGUGGUGGUGGUGGUGGUGGUGGCAGCGGUGGUGGUGGUGGUGGUGGUGGUGGUGGUGGUGGUGGUGGUGGUGGUGGUGUUGGUGGUGGUGGUGGGGGUGGUGGCGGUGGUGCAGGAGCAGCAGGAGGAGCAGUAGCAGCAGGAGGAGGAGCAGCAGCAGCAGGAGGAGCAGCAGGAGGAGCAGCAGGAGCAACAGGAGGAGCAGCAGGAGGAGCAGCAGGAGGCGCAGCAGGAGGCACAGCAGGAGGCAUGUACCCAUCACUGGCAGCAGGCACAACACUGAGUGGGCUGGAAGCAGUCGACUCGUGCAACAGCUGGGCCACCAUCUGUGCCCUGCGCGCCCAAGCCAAAGCCGCCACUGCCCACCAGCGCGCGCACCUCACUCCCUCUCCUUCUGCUGCUGCCUCUGUUGCUGUUGGUGCUGCCUCUGCUCCUGCAGGUGCUGGUGCCAGUGCUGCCGCCAGUACCGCCACCUCCGGCCCUGGUGCCACCGCUGGUAACCACAGCGCCGCAGCGGUAACCGUCCUGCAGAAGAGCGUGCGGCUGGUGAUUUCCGUAGAGGACACGGGCGUGGGGAUACCGUACGGGGUGCAGCGGCACAUUUUCAAGCCAUUCGUCCAGGCAGACGCCUCCAACACGCGCACGCACGGCGGCACGGGGAUUGGUCUUGCCAUCUCCCGCCAGCUAGUGAAGCUCAUGGGCGGGCAGCUGACGUUUUCCAGCCGCCCAGGGGUUGGCACGACGUUUUAUUUUGACAUUGUGGUGCCGUGUGCGAGUGCGGCGGAGGAUGCGGAUGCGAAUGCGGCGGUUACCACCCCGCACGGCCGCGACGGGAUGGGGGUCUUUCAGGGUUACUGGGGCGCUGCAGGCGCUGCUGCCGGUGCUGCUGGUGCUGCUGGUGCUGCUGGUGCUGCUGGUGCUGCUGGUGCUGCUGGUGCUGCUGGUGCUGCUGGUGCUGCUGGUGCUGCUGGUGCUGCUGGUGCUGCCGGUGCUGCUGGUGCUGCUGGUGCUGCUGGUGCUGCUGGUGCUGCUGGUGCUGCCGGUGCUGCUGGUGCUGCUGGUGCGGGUGCGAAUGGGGGGAUUGAAGGCAACGUGGGGCAAUCGGCUGUGGAGCUUCAGAUGGGGUUCGACCGGAAUGCGUCAGCCAAGGAUGUGCAAGCUCUGGCUGAUCUGGCUAGGGAGUCGGGCCACGGGGCCGACUGGCACAGGCAGCUGCGGCCGGGGUGCCGCGACGGGCAGUUCCGAAAUGUUUCGGCGCGCGUUUUGGACGGGAAUGCGUGGGACGCGGCGAUUCUGGUGACACAGGAGAGGGUGGAGGAGGGCGAGGCCAGGAGGAGGGGCUUUGAUGCAGUGCUGGUGAAGCCGGUGAGGUACGCUGCUCUCAUGGGGUGUCUGGCUCAGGUUAUGGACCGUAGCGGGGGUGGUGGUGGUGCUGCUGCUGCUGCUGAUGGUGGUGGUGCUGAUGGUAGUGGUGGUGUUGGUGUUGGUGGUAGUGCUGCUGAUGCUGCUGCAGCCAGUUACGCCCCCUGUUUCGAUAGGAUAGACCGGCACGGCUACCGGCACACGCAGCAGCAGCAGCAGCAGCAGCAGCAGCAGCAGCAGGUGGAUGGAAGCAUGCCUGGCUCGGCCAGUGCAGGCUCGGCCAUGCCUGGCUCGGCCAGUAUUGGCUCGGCCGUGCCUGGUUCGGCCAGUGCUGCAGAGGAGGAGAGUGAGAGUGAAAUCGUGCCCUUCAGUGGCCGCAUGGGCCUCGUGCAAGGCGUGGGUGGGGUGGGGAGGGAGGAAGCAGAUGCAGAGGGAGUGGUGUGGCCGAUAGGCCGAGACAGCCGAACCACCUCUGCUUCCCGUGCUGCUCUCGCUGCUGUUGUGGGAGGAGGAGCAGGGAGUAAUAAGCAGCAGCAGCAGCAGCAGCAGCAGCAGCAGCAGAAGCCCAAGUCUGCGAGUUUUCAGAUGCUGCAAGAGGCGUUGCAGGGCAUGUCACUGCUGGUGCAGGGUUGUGAGAUCACUGUUCACUGCCGCUCCUCUCUCUCUCUCUCUCUCUCUCUCUCUCUCUCUCUCUCUCUCUCUCUCUCUCUCUCUCUCUCUCUCUCUCUCUCUCUUCCCUCCAUCCCUCCCCUCCCCACACAGGUCGACGACAAUCCGGUGAAUUGCAAGGUGGAUGACAAUCUAGUGAACCGCAAGGUGGAUGACAAUCUAGUGAACCGCAAGGUGAUAGGGCGCAUGCUGCAGCGGUAUGGCGUGGGGGUGGAGAUGGUGGAUGGCGGCCGCAAGGCCAUUGAGAGGCUCGUCUCGGGCGGGUGGGACAUCGACUGCGUUCUCAUGGACGUGCAGGACGUGUCAGCAGCAGGCUCAGCAGCAGCAGCAGCAGCAGCAGCAGACUUGUCAGCAGCAGCAGCGGCAGCGGCAGAAAGCACGAAAAGAGCUCUUCCUAAGCCACCCACCCCCGCCAGAACCCCAUCUCCUCUGCACCCUCGGAAGUCCCCACCGCAAGCCCCAACACACAUGCGCUCGCCCUCGUUCCAAGGCCCCACCUCCGCCUCCCCGUUGCAGCUCCUCAAAAGCAACCGGCACCGGCGGCAUGUGAGCAGCGGGGACCUGGAUGGCCUGGGGGUGGGGGUGGGUGCCUGUGCACCCUCUCAGGCUGGAGUGCAAUCUGGGGUUCUCCUAGGCUCUCCUGCAAAGCUGGGGUUCUGCCCGUCUGUGACGGCUGGUGGGGAGUCUGUAGCAGUGCACAGCCAGUCUUCCAAGUCUGGGCAGUUUGCAGCGGUGAAGCACAACCCUGCACUGCAGUCUAGGUCAACUGCAGCAGUCUGCCUAAAGGUUGAGCAAUCAGCGGCAGCAGCGCAUACCCCGGCACGGGGCAGUGUAGCAAGGCCUAGAGCAGUGGCUGUAGGCUCUAUGGAAGGGCCGCAGGGGGAGGUGAGACCUGGGACGAGUACUCCCAAGGGAGGGGUGUUUUCUAAGUGGGUGGAGUUGACUAGUCCCACCUGGGGUAGGCAGCAGGUUUUGGAGCAGCAGCCGCUGCUGGAAGAGGAGGGGAAGAAGGGAGAGGGAGGAGUGACGAAGAGGGGGAGCCAGAUUCAGCAGGGGAACGAGCAACACCAGCAAAGGCAGGUUGUGCAGCAGCAGCAGCAGCAGCAGCAGCAGAGGCGAGUUCGAGAUAUGGAUAGGGUGUUGAUAUUUGCGCUGACUGCGGAUAUUGGAGCGGGAACGAGGGAGCGGUGCACGCAGGUGGGCAUGGAUGGGUACAUGACAAAGCCUGUGGAGGAGGAGCAGCUGUGCCGAGUGAUGCUCGGUCCCCUCAGAUUACGGAAGCAAAUGAAAAUGGGAGCAGCAUCUGAUGAAGAGUAG